CCUCUCGGUUGCGUCACAUAUUUGCAGUAGUUGACCGAACUAUAAGUUCACUGAGCCGGACUACGCUCGAGCUAUUCACAUCAAAGCAACCGCAUCCUUACUACAUUCGUCAAGUUCGGGCCUCUAUAUUGCACUUGGCAUCAGAUCAACUUUUUUCGCGCCACCACCAUGAAUGAACUCGCCCGACAAUGGUUGAGUGGGCUUUCCAUCUCUUCAGACUAUGAUUUUGUUGGCUACAGAAACUGGGGCUUUACCAUUUACCGCACCGGAUACGGACCUUCCUCCGACCAGCAAUGGCAGCGACUUCUCGAAACCAUCCAGACUAGUGCGCACGACGAAGCAAGAAGCUUAACCGAUUCUAUUGAAGAAGAAGAAGAAGAUCCUAAAUUUCAGGAAUUGUGGUCGCUUUUCCGUCUCGAUGCACGCUCAGACCCUGCCCUAGCUGGCCUCGACAUAGAUCAACUUCGCCAGUUGUAUAACAGUAGCAGUGGCGAGGGUAGCCAACCAAUGAACGCAGACUUCAACUUGCACCGAAUAUUCCUUUUCGCCGACGACGAGGUUCUGUCAGACCCUGCCGCUUCUAUUGUUAAAUGUGUGGAUGCCGACUACCGUGCAGAGGACUAUAAUUCGUGGAACCCAAGGGUGGGUGGACAACGUUACUUUGGCUGGAUGCGAAUGGAGCCUAGAAGCGUAGCAUAUCUCUGGGACGAAUUGGGUCAAUACGAAAUGAGUGAUAUUGCACCUCCGACUAUUGGGGGAAGUCACUUGGUGACCUGGAAAGGACAGUUGUAACGCGAACGAGCACGAGAGUCUUGAUCCUUCACAAACGAAGCAUUUCAGGUCUAAAGCUACUUCAGUUGAACACUGUCGUCAUGUAGAUCUUGCUAAUCUUUUCUCUAUCGCUACAAUCUAGAGAAGUAUGGAUCACUUCAGUGAUGCU